AUGUACUCCCAGAAGUACUCCCGAAGGACCCAUUUAAUAGUGAAAAAUGCUAAGGCUGUAAAAUCAAAUGAUUUUUAUGAAGAAAAUGAUCCAACUGUUAAAGACAUUAAAAACAAUGUUGCUUUGGAGAUGGAGGACAAUCAUUUUUCAGUAGAUAAUGAAUAUCAAGUGAUAUUGACAGAAUUCAACCGAAGUGUCAAAGACACUGAGAACAAUAUGACUAUGGACAAUAAUUUUUUAGUAGAAAAUGAAAAUCAAGUGAUAUUAACGGAACUUGUUCCAGUAGCGACAUCCAUGUUAAAAAAUACAAUCAUGCCUACAUGCAGUUUCUGGCCUACAGUUACAAACGAAUCAUUUGACGACACAGAUGAAGAUUGCAAUUUUGUUACUGACAGUGAAGAAAGUAGCACUGAUGAAGAUAAAGAAUGCGAUUUAAAACGAAAUAAACAUAAGGUUAACAAUAAUCACAAGAAAACUAAGAUCUCAGAAGUCAAAGUUCACACAACAGCUGAAACCAACUCCGAUUUUCCCAAUGAACAAUGCGAAUCAUUUAGAAAAAGAGGCAGGAAAAUUAAUAAAGGUGAAACUAGAGAUGUUCGUGACAACAGAAGUAAGCAAAGAAAUUUAGGCAAUGCAUAUGUUACUCGUAAAGGUAAAACAAUAAGGGCAAAAACAUUUAGGGAACUUCAGAUCUGUAGAAUGAAGUGCAAAAAUAGAAUAGACACUUUAAAAAGAAAAGCUAUUUUUAAAGAAUUUUGGGAAAUGGGAAGUUUUAACAACAGAGUAUCUUUUAUAGCGGGACUAAUUUCUAGUAGAGAUAAAGGUAUGUGCAGAAAGAAAGUUGCAGGAAAAAAGCAUAAAGACAGAACAGUGACUCACAAAUAUGCUCUUCAUGUAAAUGGAGAAAAUAAGGAAGUAUGCAAAAAAUGUUUUUUAACAACUUUUGAUAUUACUAAUAGAUUCGUUACUGAUGUAAUCAAAAAUAAAAAACAAUCUACCUGCGGAAUUACGCACCCUGAUUUAAGAGGUAAAGGGGAACCGCAUAAUAAAACUCCAAAAGAUGAUAUUAACUUGGUGAUUUCUCAUAUUUCAUUGAUACCCACAUAUGAAAGCCAUUACCCAAGAAAAGAUUCUACCCGAAAGUAUUUACCUAGUCAUUAUACACUAAAAAGGAUGUAA